AUGAUCAAUCUGUACAAGGCUGGCCGCCGCGUUGUUAAGAUUGCUGGUGAUAUCAAGGCUAUUCACGCCGGAUAUCAAGCUUCCUCCGGCAUCGUGAAUGAGGUUUCCUCUCUCAGAACUCUCUUAUUCGAUCAGGAUGGAAAUGCUAGUCUUCUGUUCAUUCCGGCCAUGCUCUUCCCAGAUGAACGUGGUCACCCAAUGUUGCCGCUCAAUGCAUUUGUGGGGGUUGCCCGGGCUUCCCACCAAGCGUUGCCCAGCACGAAAGUGAGCGUACUCAUCUACGCUACCCUUGGCGCGUCCCGUGUGAGCUUCCCGUCCGUGGCCAUUCCUCGCGAGGGAACCAUGACUGGGCCGCAGUAUCGAGGCCUCCUGCUCAGCAUUUUCAACAAGCAGCGGGAUGCUGCCGAGCUGCCUGCUCUGACCCCCAAGGAGCUCGCUAUUGGACCUAUCGAGUCCCUGCCUUCCACAAUUUUGGACGAAAGGUAUCCUGGCGUCCCCCUUCCCACCGUCAAAUUUACCCUCCGUGCCGCUUUCCCUGUUAUCUGCUUUGUAAUGCCCGGACUUUUGCUACAGCAAAACUUCAUAGUGGCUCCUAAUCUCCAUGGUUUCACCUGCUGUUUUCGACUCCCUACACUGGCUGAAAGAGAGGGCUUCGGACUUACCGUUGAUUUCUGCCCGCUGACAUAG